AUGAGCGCCGCGGGAUUGCGCGCGUCCCUCGCGCCCCGCGCGUCCGCCGCAUCCGGCGGUCGGGCGGGCGAUGGACGAGCGCGACGCGCCGCCAAGGCCAGGCCCGCGCCCAGGCGCCGCGACCGCUCGCCCAUCCGCGACGCCGACGCCGCGACGAGGACGACCGCCCCGGCCGUCUCCGCCGACGCGGUGCAAGUCGUCGCGCCGACGACGCUCGAGGAUCGCUCCUCGGAUCCCGCGAUCGGCGACGCGUCCGCGCCCGCGCGCCCACCCGUGGAGACGUGCCAGCACGUCCACCUCGGCUCGGCGUCGUCCAUCGCCGAGGCGCUCGCGCGCGUCCGCGCGGGCCUCCGGGGUCUCACGCAGGAUGCGUCGGGCCACGACGGCGCGUCGGGCGGCGGGUCCAUGCCGCCGUUCGCCAGCGGCGUCGUCCGCCUCACCGUCGCCGUGCCGCGCACGGUGGAUGCGCUCGAGUGGCUCAGAUCCUUACCCGACGACGACGAUCUUAACGACGACGGCGAAGGAGGCGACGACGUUAAAGCCGCGCUGCUGCCCAGGUACUACCUCAGCCCUCGGACGCCGCCCCCGGCGAUCCGAUCGGGCGAGGGCGACGACGGCGGCGACGAAAACCGCCACCGGCAGGGCGUCCACGACAGGGGCAAGGGUUCGGGUCCGAUGAACGACGACGGGGGUGCCGACGGGGGUGCCGACGGGGGUGCCGACGGGUCGCGAACGAGGAGGAGGCCGCAGGCGGAGCCGCCCGAGUGGCGCGCCGACCCCCGCGGCGCCGCCGCCGCCGCCGGCGCCGCGUGCGUCUGGACCGGUCCGUCAGCGUUCGGCGCGGACGUCCUCGCGGACCAGCGCAGGUUCCUCGACACCGGCGAGCCGCACGACACCGCCCCGCGCGUGUACGGCGCCGGAAGGUUCGACGCGGAUUCGGAUUGUGCCGUAGGCGACGAGUGGGCUUCGUUCGGCGGGCAUUACUUUUUCUUGCCGACGCUGGAAGUGGUGGAGGGCGCGAGGUGCGCGACGGUGGCGUGUUGCGUGGCGUGGGACGCCGCGGGCGGGGCGGCGUGCCGAGACGGGUUCGCGGCGGCGGUCGCGGCGGCGGUGACCGCGGUGGACGCGGCGUCGCGACCCGUCGCGCGCUCGCGCGGCGGGGCCCGCUCGCAGCAAUCGCCGUCAUCCCCAUCCCCGUCCUCGUCGUCGGGAUUGACGCGAUCGACGCGAGAAAGAAGGCUGCCGCCGGGCGCGUCUGACGUCACCGGAAGGGUUCUGGAACCCGACCAGGAGGGUUGGGUGCGCACCGUGGACGGGCUCCUGCGCGCGCUGAGGGAGGGCGAGGAGGCUGCGCGGGGAGGCCGCGCCGGCUCGGACGCCGACGGGGAUGGGGAUGAGGAUGACGGGGUUAACGAAAGUUUCCAAUCUUCGCCGCCGAGGGUUUGGGACGAGAAGGACGCGUACGGCGACGACCGGUACAUGGAGAACUUCGCGGCGCAGAGCAACUGGAAAGAGGUGCUCGGGGAGGUUGGCGACGGCGAUGAACGCGGGACGAACGGCGGGACGACCGACGGCGCCGAUCGGAGCCUUCGCGAUCGUCUCCUCGAGCUCGGUCGAUCCGCCGGCGUGGAGGCGCCGCCGGCGUCGGUGCUGGAGGACCUGGAGGCUUUCGCGAUGGCCGCGGGCAUCGGGGGCGCGAGCGACGUUCUAACGGGAAGCGCGAACGGACGGCGGCGGGGGAAGACGGGGAGGAACGGGAACCCGCGGAACGCCGACGUCGGCGCCAUCGGCAUGGGAUGGUCCGUCGACGAAUCCGUCGACGAGAACGAAGCCGUCGCCGACGUCGAAGCCAUCGCCGACGCCGUCGCGGCGGUGCCGUCAAACGCAAACACAGACGGCACCGACCUCGCGCCUCUUCGCAAGGUGGUCCUCGCGCGACGCACCAAGCUCACUUUGGGAUCCCCCGUGAACCCCCUCGCGCUCGUCGCGGCGCUAAAGGCCAGGGACCCGGACGCGUACCAGUUUGCGUUGAUUCACGCCGACGGAGCCGCGUUCGUCGGAUCCACCCCCGAGCGGCUGUUCAGCGCCAGGGACGGGCACGCGGCGUCGGAGGCUGUGGCCGGAACAAGGCCGAGGGGUUCCGACGAGGGCGAGGACGCCGCGCUCGCGUACGAGAUGCUGCUCUCGCCCAAGGAGCACGAGGAAUUCGCAAUCGUCCGUGAAGAAGUUCGCAGGGCGCUCGGCACGGUGGCGGAGGGCGGCCCCGGCGGGGUCAAGGCGGAGCUGGAGAAGGGCGUCCUCCGCCACUUCUCCGUGCAGCACCUCUACGCCCGUUUGGGCGCCGCGUUGGCGCCUGGAAAGAGCGAGGCGGACGUGUUGAACGCGUUACAUCCGACGCCCGCGGUGUGCGGCUUCCCGAGGCGAGCGGCGCUCGACGCGAUUCGAGUAGCCGAACCCUUCGACCGGGGUUUAUACGCCGGGCCUAUCGGUUGGGUCGGCGUCGACUCGGCGGAGUUUGCCGUCGCCAUUCGCAGCGCGCUGGUGUCCCCCGCCGGCGACGACAUCUCGCUGUACGCGGGGGUCGGGGUGGUGGCGGCGGCGGAUCCCGCCGCGGAGUGGCGCGAGCUCAACCUCAAGACUCGGCCGCUCGAGGCGCUCCUCGCCAAGCGGCCGACGCUGGCUGACGCUCCGAACGCUAACCAGGCCUGGGCGGACCUCAUCGUCGGCGAGCUGGUCAGGGGCGGCGUCGGCGUCUUCUGCGUGGCUCCCGGAUCGAGGAGCACGCCGCUGACGCUCGCCGCGGAGAGGCAUCCCACGGCGAGGGUCGUCGUGUGCAUCGACGAACGGUCGCUCGGUUUUUACGCGUUGGGCUACGGGAAAGGGUCCGGCAAGGCCGCGGCGGUGAUCACGUCCUCGGGGACGGCCGUCGCGAACCUGCUACCCGCGGCGGUGGAGGCGCACGAGUCGUGCGCGCCGCUGCUGCUGCUCACCGCGGAUAGGCCGCCGGAGCUGCGCGACACCAGCGCCAACCAAACCAUCGACCAGGUGAAAAUAUUCGGUUCCUACGCGAGGUUCGGGGUGGACCUGGCGCCCCCCGGGGACGGCUCACCCGCGCGCGUCGCGGCGACGGCCGUCGCCACCGCCGUGCGACACCUGCACGGCCCGCGACCUGGGCCGGUGCACGUCAACUGCCAGUUCAGAGACCCGCUCGGACCGUCCGGGGCGGAGUGGGACGUUCGCCGCGACUUGCGGGGUUUUGACGGGUGGGAGCGAACCUCGGCGCCGUUCACCUCGGGCGCCCCCCACGCCUCGUCCUCAUCCUCGUCGGAGGACUUGAGCGAGCUCGCGGCGUUGAUCAGGUCGGCUCGGAAGGGUUUGCUCGUGGUGGCUGGGGGAGGAGACGCGUCAGACGCCCUCGCCGCGGCUGAGCUGGCGAGGACGCUCGGGUGGGCGGUCGUCGCCGACGCCGCCUCCGGCCUGCGCGUCAAGGGCGGCGCGUCGUCGUCGUUAAAAUCGUCGUUAAGAUCGUCGUCAAGAUCGUCGUCGUCGUCGUCGCACGACCUCGAGUGGUCCGCGGCGUCGGCGGAGUGUCCCGGGCUGGUGAACACGCUCGACCUGAUGCUCGUCUCGGAUGAGAUUCGGGACUACGUCGGCGAGACCGACGUCAUCCUGCAGUUGAACCCGCGGGUGACGAGCAAGCGCGUGCAGCAGAUGCUCGAGUCCGCCGCGAUGGAGCGCGGGGCGGCGUGGGCGUGCGUCGCCGCCAGCGAGAGGCGGGCAGACCCCGGGCACUGCGUGUCGCUUCACGUCGCGUGCGACGUGCCGCGAGUCGCGGAGGGCCUCGCGAGGCUCCUGGACGACGUCGAUUCUGAUUCCGCGGAUGGGCGUUACGGCGGGCGUUACUGUGCCUCCGAGAACGCGAGGUCGUGCGCGAGGUUCAAGGAGACGCUGCUGGCGUGCGAUGCCGCGGCGAGUCGCGAGGCGUGCGCGGCGCUCGGGGACAUCGAAGCCGCGGAGGGAAUCUCGGAGAUGGCGGUGGCGCUCGCCGUCACCGAAAACCUACCCCCGAGCGCGGGUCUGUUCAUCGGCAACUCGAUGCCCAUACGCGACGUGGACAUGCUCUCCGGGAUUCGGAGGCGGGUGGGUACCGACGCCGGGCGGCACCCUAUAGGGGCGAAUACCUCGAGUAGGUCGUUGGGUUCCGGAGCCGGGCCCGGGGCUCCCGUGUGCGCCAACAGGGGCGCGAGCGGCAUCGACGGCGUCGUAUCAUCCGCCGCCGGUUACGCCGCGGGGCUCGGUCGUCCGGUGACGCUGCUCAUCGGGGACGUGUCUUUCCAGCACGACGCCAACGGGCUGCUGCUGCUGAGGGAGCGACCCGGUCAGCCGCCCGUGACGGUUGUGGUGGUGAACAACGGCGGCGGCGGCAUCUUUUCGUUUUUACCGGUGGCGGACCAGAUCGACUCGGGUUCGUUCACGAAACUCUUCGCGACGCCUCCGGACGUUUCCAGACGCGGGCUAUGCGACGCGCACAGGGUCGCGCACUCGCACCCGAGCACCCCCGAGGCGCUGAAGAGGGCGUUGGACGCGGCUUGGUCCGAAGGGAGGCACAGCGUCGUCGAGGUGACCACGUCUCGAGCUCGAAACUUGGAGCAGCACCGCGCGCUGCAGGCUCGCGUGGCGCGCGCGGCGGCGUGCGCGCUCGACCUGCGCACGCGCGCGGCGUUAGCGUCGGCGUCGUCGAGCGGUAUGCCCCGCGUCGCGUCCGCGUCCGUGCGCGGGUUCGAGCUCCCCAUGCUCAAAAAGCCGACGACGACCGAGGGCGAGGCUAAGGAGACGGCGGGGACGCGACGCGGACACCUGCUCAGGGUCCAGCUCGACGACGGCAGGGUGGGCUGGGGCGAGGCGUCCCCGCUUCCGGGGUUGCACGCGGAGUCCACCGAGGACGCCGGCGCGCAGCUGCGCGCGAUGGCGGCGCUUCUCGACGGCGGCGACGGCGGCGGGGGAGUGCUCGCGCCGCCCGAGCUUCCCCUGCUCGGCGGCGCCGUCUCCGAGUGGCUCCGGGGCGUCGUCGGCGUCGUUGACCCCGACGCGUCGCUGCUUCCGUCCGUGCGUUUCGCGGUCGAGUCCGCGGUGCUCUCCGCGCUCGCAUCGCCGGGCGCGCCACUCGCGGAUGUGCUCCUGUUCGGUUCCGUUCAAAGACGAGGAGCUUCAAAAAAGACAAACGAGGGAGGCGAGGGUGGCGAGUCCGUGGAUCCGACCGAUGAUCCGACGAGUCAUCAGUCCGUGGAGAUCAACGCGCUCAUCGAGGCUGGGCUCGCGCCGAGCGCCGCCGCCGCCGAGGCUCUCCGGCUCGUCCGCCUCGGGCACGGAUGCGUCAAGCUCAAAGUCGCCAGGGGAGAGGGAUCCGCGGGGGCGAUGGAGGACGCCGCCAGGCUUCGCGCCAUCCGAACCGCCGUCGGCCCCGACGUCGCCCUCCGCGCCGACGCCAACAGGCGGUGGUCCCUCAACGACGCCCUCUCGUUCGGGCUUCAGUGCGCGGAAUUGGACCUGGAGUACGUCGAGGAGCCGGUCGCGGACCCCGCGAAUAACCUCGCCGCGUUUCACUGCACCACGGGGGUACCCGUGGCGCUCGACGAGACCGUGGACGAGUGCGCGGUUGCCGCGAAAGCGGCGGGCACCGACAUCGAACGGGCGCUGGCGGAGUACUUCGAGCCCACGUUCGGGGUGGCGGCGUUGGUGCUCAAGCCCUCCGUGUUGGGCGGGUUGGAGGCCACCGCCGCGUGCGCGGCGGCGGCGAGAUCUCGCGGCGUCAACGUCGUCGUCACGACGUCUUUUGAAUCCGGCGUGGGCGUGGCGACGUGCGCGAACCUCGCGGCGGCGAUGGACGCGGCGGCGGUGGACGCGGCGGCGGCGGCGAGGGCGGAGGACGACGCGAGGGCGCGAGCCGAGCGGAUCGGUAUCGAAGCGAACGACGGCGACGACGUUAGCCUCCCGUUUCGAGCGUCUCGCGAGGCUCGCAUGCGUCUGAUGAACUCCAUCGACCGGGGAACCUUCGAGCUCGGUGAUGGGGAGGUCGCGGGUUCGAUACCCGGCGGGAACGGGAACGGUGGGGGUUCGUUCGGCUGGGAGGACGAGUCGCAUCGGUCGCCCGUCGCGAGCCUUCGCGCGAUGCGCCACGGGUUGGGCACCGGCGCUUGGCUCGACGGCGACGCGGUGACUCCACCCGCGGCGCCCCUCGCGUCCCUUCCCGGCGGCGGCGUGGGCGUGGACCUGGGACGUCUCCCGCGCGAUCUCGUCGUUUCGAACGAGACGGCGUCGGCGGCGGCGGCGUCGGCGGCGGCAAAGGUGGGUUCCUCCUACGCCGGGUGGGGCGUCGAGUCGCGGCACGAGGUGGAGACGUCCCAUGGAAAGUACUCGUUCAGGGUGCUGGACAGCGGGAACGCGCCGCCGUUCACGCCAGAUUCCGAUUCCGCGCUCGCGCCCCCGCCCGUGGUGUUCCUCCACGGGUUCAUGGGCGGCGCGGAGGACUGGAACGCGAUCGCGUCGGCGGUGGCGCCAGAGCGGAGGUGCGUAGCCGUGGACCUGCCGUGUCACGGACGUUCGCGAUUCGUUCCCUCUUCCGAGAGGGCAAACGACGAGGGCCUGAGCGUCGAAGCCGUCGCCGAGGCUGUCGCGGUGCUCAUCACCGAGCGCGUGUGCCCCGCCGGCGCGAAGGGCGCGGUGCUGGUCGGCUACUCCAUGGGAGCGAGGGUGGCGCUGAGGGCGGCGACGAGCCACCCGGGGUGCGCCGCCGCCGUCGCGGCCAUCGGCGGCUCCGGGGGGAUCCGCGGCGACGUUCAGCGAAACAUGCGAGCCGAUCGCGACGACGCGAUGGCGGCGGCGCUCGCGAAGGGUGGCCUCGCAGCGUUCGCGGGCGCGUGGUACCGCCAGGGCCUGUUCCGCGCGCUCGCGUCGCACCCGAGGUGGAGGGACGGCGCCAUCGCGAGGCGCCGAUGUAAAAUCCCGAAUUUCGAGUCGAGCGACGGGGACGAAGAGGACGAGGACGAGGACGAGGACGGCGUCGCGAGGGAUCUGGCGCGCGUGCUCGCCUCGAUGAGCCCGGGGAGGCAGGCGGUGGUGACCGGCGAUGACCUCGCGGGGAUCCACCGCGGGGCCGUCGGAGGUUUGACGCUUCUGGCGGGUGACCUCGACGCAAAGUUCAUCGCGACGGCGUACGCGAUGGCCGCGGAUGCGAAUGCGGUUUUGGAACGGGACGAAGACGGCGGGGACGGGGUCGAGGUGGUGACGGUGCCCGGGGCGGGGCACGCGGUGCACCUGGAGGCGCCGGAGGGUUUGGUGCUUCCCAUCCUUCGCGUCGUGAGGAGGACGUAG